AAUACAGUGUAGGCGACAGAAAAGGGGAAAAAGUGCCUAUUUAUACCCAAGCUCUAAAAGCAAAAUAAGUCUAAGUCGACCCCCGGGCUAUGACCGCCAAAUCUACAAAACAAUUUAACCCUGAUUUAAUCGGAAGUUGGUUAUAUUUUUGAACGAAAAUGUGGAAUCCUUGUGGGUCUGAAAACUUAGAGAUCAGUCUUUGAUCUGUCAACAACGCAUUCCGCGUCCAAAUGGCGGAAGAAAAUAAAUAUCGUAAAUAAAAAAAGGAGGCGUUCCUGUUGUACUUCACAGCACCGCGAUCAUGUGAGAGUUUCGUCAUGUGACACCUUAUCAUCACAUGACUCGCUAUUUGUACGGUACCGGGAAGUUGAAUGUUUGCGUUUGAUUUGUACUUGGACUUGGUUGGAGAACUCUAAUUAAUUGGUCUUGAUCCUGGAUUUGUGCUACAUCUUCCUGGACUCUGGUUAAAGCAUUUUUUAUUCGACUAUAUUACUAAUUCAUCAUGAAGAUUCUGCUGGUCGUAGCCAGUCUUCUGGCCGUUGGAAUGGCCAUGACUGAUCUUGACAGACUGCAGUCAGAAACCAUUUUGAAAGUCAACAGUAUGAGGACCACCUGGAAGGCUGGUAUGAACUUCAAAGGCAGGGAGCUGGACGAUAUCAAGAGAAUGCUGGGUACAUUCAGGCACCCUAACCGCAGACUUCCAAGACUAGAGAAUCCACCAAUAUGCAAGAGCCUUCCGGAAAACUUUGAUGCUCGGGUGCAGUGGCCCAAUUGUCCAACCAUCAAAGAAGUUCGGGACCAGGGAUCUUGCGGUUCAUGUUGGGCAUUUGGAGCUGUAGAGGCCAUGUCUGAUCGUAUCUGCAUCAAAAGCCAAGGAACGGUCAACGCUCAUAUUUCUGCAGAAGAUCUCAUGACGUGCUGUGAUAGUUGUGGAAUGGGGUGUGAUGGGGGAUUCCCGAGUUCCGCUUGGGAGUACUAUAAGGAAACCGGUAUUGUAACAGGUGGCCAGUUUAACAGCAAUCAGGGGUGCCAGCCAUACCUCAUACCGUCGUGUGACCAUCACGUCAACGGAACCAAACAGCCGUGCAAGGGCGAACUCCCAACUCCUUCUUGCAAACGUACAUGUGAAGCCGGCUACGCCAAGUCGUACAAAGCUGAUAAACACUUCGCUGAGAGUGUAUCCAGUAUCGGUGACAAUCCCCAAGCCACCCAAACAGAAAUCAUGAAUAAUGGACCGGUCGAGGCAGACUUCACUGUCUACGCAGACUUCCUCACUUACAAGUCGGGUGUAUAUCAGCAUACCACAGGAUCAGAGCUUGGAGGCCAUGCCAUCAAGAUCCUGGGCUGGGGUGUGGAAGAUGGGACCGACUACUGGCUGGUCGCUAACUCAUGGAACAGUGAAUGGGGUGACAACGGAUUUUUCAAGAUCCUCCGUGGCGAGAAUGAAUGCGGCAUUGAGGGCGACAUCAACUUUGGAACCCCCAAAUAGUCUUUUUCACCAACUAUGGAAUGACAUGUACUUAAGCAAAACAAUCUUCUAAUUUUGUGUGAGAUUUAUUAGAAAUAUCAAAUUGAUUUUUAUAGGAACCAUUGUUGUUGAUAUGUGAUGUAAUGCUGUUUGGGAGGGGGGGUGCACAAUAGAUCACCCCCUCCCUUAACAGUAGAUUCACUUCUUAAAGCUUGCGAUAAUCUUAAAACAGUACUUAAUGUAGCAAAAUGUAUGUAUAUCUAUGCUUGAUUUAUAUAGAGAGUACAGAGUAUACCUUUCAAGAUAAUGCAUUAUAAGAUCUAACAAAAAGUUUAUUCCAUCCGAAUUUUCAGCGUAACACCACGUCUUCUUCAGGGAUAUGCUUGAUUAUGAUAUAUUAUUGCCUACACAUUUUCGAUUGAAUAGCUAAGAUAGGGGGCCUCGUAUUGUAGGUCCUAUUAUAUGGCCUUUAUUCUGAAAUCUGGUUUAACAUAAGCCAUGGUUUAACUCUGGGCUAAAAUUAUGGUAAGCCAAACAUUUCAAAAUUUUGUUUACAUUGUAUGCUUCUCAUGUUUACAAUGCUCAUGUCUCAAAUGUGAAUGAUGUAGAAAAAUAUUUUUUUUCAAAGCAAUUUGAGAAUCAAAAGAGCUGAUAUUUUUUAACCUGAAUUGUUGUAGAUUUGUGCAACAAUUGGCUAUCCAUAGUUUAUCCACAAAUUUAGACCAGAGGUUAAAUUGAACCAGGGUUCAGAAUAUGAAUUGGGUUACAUGUUUAAGAUUAGAUGGAUCUCGACUGAUAUCCAUGCACUUAUUUUACUUUUUUCCAGUCAGUGAAAAAUCAGGGAAUUUGAUAAAAAAUACCUCAAAUCAGGUGAAAAUGCCUCAAAUGAGGGAAAAAUCAGGGAAUUUUGAUCAGCCCAAAAGUCGAAGGCAUGGUAGGCAGUCAGACUCUGUUAUAUUUUGUUGCAUAUCAAAACAACAUCCAUUGAAUGACUUGUUUUGGUGGUACUAAUUAGUAAUAUAUUGUUGUUUUUAUACUGAAAAUACAUGUAAUUCACUGAAACAACUUAUAAAACAUGCAAAACUGGGAAUGGAUUUAAAUAAUUAUCAGGGAAUUUUUAGACUUCAUCAGGGAAAUUUGUUUUCUUGAAAAGCUGGGAACCCUGAAAGGAUUGUCCUCCAAUGCAAUGUUGAACAGUCAGAGAAACUGUCGGGAUUGUUCUACUCAUCUCCCAAACUAAAAUGUAUGAUUUAGUAACAAAAGAAUCAUCUGAUAUUAAAUUGUUGAAUACAGAUACUCAACGAUUUGUAUUCUGAUACUUUAUAAGCCGAGGUCGAAAUCUAGUCUGAACUAGAUUUCAUCCCAUACUUCUAUGGAAUACCAGGUCUCAUACUAAUUCUUCUAUAUUCAUAACAAAUGGCAAUGUCAUGUGUGGAAGAGCCGUGUUGUAGUGGUUCUGACUCUUGCCUUGUAAACAGAGGGUCGUGUGUUCGAAUCCCACCGCGGUCUAGCGUUCUUUGGCAAGGCGUUCAUCCACACUUUGCCACUCUCGGCUCAGGUGCUAAAUGGGUACCCGGUAGGAUGCGAAAGUUAUUGUUUGUAUGAAUUUGCCAGCACCAUGACGAGGCUGCGAUGAAUGCAAGGAAUGCUCCCCAGGGAGUGGAAAUUGUGCGCUUUUCAUGCGGGAUCAAAAUGAAUCCAAUGACAGGGGUAAUGAUAUGCUAUAAAGCGCUUUGAGCCGUUCUUAGAAAAGCACUAGCCUAUAUAAAAAGUAGCUAUCACUAUUAAUAAAAUUCAAUGUAUUUGUAUAUUUUCUUAUACUUCACAUUUCAUGAGACAAUCAUGUUUUGACAAGUUUUUUUGCUGCAGGAUUGCAAUAAUUUGUUCUUGGUGAAUGGGUUGACUACUGGCACUCCAUAAAAGUGAGGUCUAUAAAGUAAACCCAGGGUUAAGUAAACUAUGGCUAUCAGAAUUAUGCCACCCAUUGUUUCCAAGACUUAGUACUGUUUGUUUAUCCCAGAAUAAGAGGUCAUAUGAAGAUGUGUUUUGUGAGUGAAAAUUUAUCGUCUUCUGGUCUUGUGACUGAAAAUCUGUAGUUACUAAAUGAGACAUCAACAUAAAACUAAAGAACUGAGGUUUGUAUUUUAAGAGGAAUGCAUAUAUUUAGAAAUCUAUUGAUGCCAUUUUUAACAUGCAAUGGCUCUAUGCAGGUUUAAAAAAAAAAAAGGUCUUUCACUUGAUUGACGAGUACCAUCUUUUAAAUGAAUGCAAAUGUUUAUUUUUAUAUCAAUAAUGUAUGGAUGAAUGUUUUUUUUUACAAAUCAUGAAUGCAAUUAAUAAAAUGAAUGCUGUAUAUAAUUCAA